UUCAUAUUAAUCCUUAUUUCAGAAAUAUAAAUAAUUUAGGAGUAGAAGCUCCUCAACCGCUCGAUAACAGAUAACAUAUUUAAUACAAAUUGAAAUCACAGUGUGAAAAAUUUGAUUGAAUUUAUGUGCAAUUAAACGAAAAAUAACCGAUUGUUACGAAACAACGAGUGAAUGAAUGCAUUGAAAAUACACGAUAAUAAAAAAAUAAAUAGUCCAAAAAUAUCCUGCUUUAACAAACAUACACAUGUGCACGUGGUAUAUGCAAUUACAUAUGCAUACAUCCAUAUAUGCACACUUAUUGUACAUAUGUACUUCGUCGUGCUGUUUCUUAUAAACAAAAGUGCAACCGGUUUUUUUAAUGAAAUUUUGUUUUCUAUGUUCGUCCCUAUUUUCUAUUAUCGACUAAAAUUCGACGUUUAAUUGUAGUACGAGGUCUCUGUUGAACAAAAGAGAUACAACACAACCAACCAAAAUCGAAAAAUAGUUUAAGAAAAAAUAAAACGUUUGGAAAAUAUCGAGAAAUAUUUCCGCUAAAGUAUAAAAACAAGCUAUACCUACAUAACGGUACAUCAACUCAAAUGCUUUAAAAAGUACACAUUUUAAAUAUUAUUUGAGAAAUCCAUUCAUACACGCCGAUAGCCGUGCAUAAGCGCUUUGAGAGCCGAGAUUGUGCGAGUGUGCCAAGUGGCAGGCCAGUUGCUUGCCACAUGCAACGCAGCAGGUCAAUAAAAGUAUAUACACACCGGCAUAGAUAUAACACAUGAUUUUUCAGGAAAUCGGCUGAAUAAUCAUGAGUCGUCCAACACAGCAACGCACAAUGCCACAACAGAAGCCGCCGAAGCAGUUCCUUACCGAGCAGGAGGCCAUCGCGGCCUCCGAGCUCUUCGAUCUCUUCUGCGUCGCAACGACAAUGCGCCAGAUUUUGGGUUUGCAUCGCGACAUGUGCGACAUACUGGGCUUACGACCAGCACCGAUCAACGAAUUCUACCCGAUGUUGAAGGCGAAGAUUCGUUCGUGGAAAGCGCAGGCGCUAUGGAAGAAGUUCGAUGCACGUGCGGCGCAUCGCGUCUACGCGAAAGGAACAGCGUGCAAUGGCACGCAUGUGCUAGUCAUUGGCGCAGGUCCAUGUGGCUUGCGCACCGCCAUUGAGGCGCAGUUGUUGGGUGCCAAAGUCGUUGUGCUGGAGAAACGCGAUCGCAUUACGCGCAACAAUGUGCUGCACUUGUGGCCGUUCGUCAUCACCGAUUUGCGGAAUUUGGGUGCAAAGAAAUUUUAUGGCAAAUUUUGUGCCGGUUCCAUAGAUCACAUAUCCAUUCGGCAGUUGCAAAUUAUAUUAAUAAAGGUUGCGUUGCUGUUGGGUGUCGAGAUACAUGAGAAUGUGUCCUUUGAGCGAACAAUUGAGCCGAGUGGCGAUGGCUUCGGCUGGCGCGCGGCCGUAACACCAGCGGAUCAUGUGGUUUCAUAUUAUGAAUUCGAUGUUUUAAUCGGAGCCGAUGGUAAACGUAACACACUGGAAGGAUUCAAAAGAAAGGAGUUUCGUGGAAAGCUGGCUAUUGCAAUUACGGCCAAUUUCAUAAAUAAGAAAACAGAGGCUGAGGCUAAAGCGGAGGAGAUAAGCGGCGUUGCGUUCAUAUUCAAUCAGUCCUUCUUCAAGGAGCUAUAUGAGAAAACGGGCAUCGAUUUAGAGAAUAUCGUCUAUUAUAAGGACGAGACGCACUACUUUGUUAUGACCGCGAAGAAACACAGUCUCAUAGACAAAGGUGUUAUAUUGCAGGAUUUCUCCGAUCCGGCCGAACUGCUCGCUUCAGCCAACGUGAGCGCCGAAAAGUUACUCGAUUAUGCGCGUGAAGCGGCCGAAUUCUCCACAAAGUACCAAAUGCCAAAUCUAGAGUUCGCUGUGAAUCAUUAUGGCAAACCCGACGUCGCCAUGUUCGAUUUCACAUCCAUGUUCGCCGCGGAGACAUCCUGCCGUGUGAUGUUGCGGCACGGCCAUCGUUUGUUGCAAUGCUUGGUGGGUGACAGCCUGCUGGAGCCCUUCUGGCCCACUGGUUCGGGCUGCGCGCGCGGUUUCCUUUCUAGCAUGGAUGCCGCAUAUGCGACUAAACUUUGGUCUAACCCUCGCAAUAGUAUUAUGGGCGUUGUGGCGCAGCGUGAAAGUAUAUACAGACUGCUUAAUCAGACCACACCUGAGAAUUUACAGCGAGACACAGGUUCUUAUACAGUAGAUCCAGCCUCAAGGUAUCCCAAUCUGAAUCGCACGGCAGUCAGCCCCUACCAGGUGAAAACGCUCAUCGACACAGAUGAUCCAAAGGUAUUCGAGCAGCCAAUAGCCGAAAUUAUAACAACGCCAGCGUUAGCUGAGGCCCCUGCGUUGUUACGCAAAUCCCGUCGUAGUACAGAUAUUGUGCCUGAAGCUUUGCUACAUUGGGUUUGCACUCAGCUGCAUAUGUACGAUUUCGUAAAGGAAUUACAGGAACCUGCCGACAUACUUAAAAAUGGAAAAUCACUAUGCGCCUUAAUCAGCCGUUUUCGGCCGGACUUAAUCGAUUACUCAGCAACACGUGACUUAACGCUGGCUGAACGUAAUGAAGUUGCUUUCAGAAUAUUAGAAGCGGAAUAUCAACUGCCACGCAUCAUGAGCGGUGAGAAGUCUGUAGAUCUAGAGAAAGUGGAUACACGCCACUGGCUGCACUAUUUGAACCAAGUGCGUGAAGUGUUCCGCGGUGAAGUGCCGUAUCUGAAACAUCCCAAGAUGGAUAUCUCAGAACUGCGCGAAAAAUAUCGUCUUAACAAUGCGCAUGCGCAACCAGACUUCUCCAAAUUGUUGCAACUUUCCACCAAGCCGAAAUAUCCGAAAGCAAAAAGUCCUAUUGAGGAUAUGGUGGACGUGCCGCAAAUAGUGCAACGCCGCUCGGUGCUGGAUGAAGAGCGUGUGAAACGCGUGCGCAGGCAUGAGCCGGCUGCAGGCGGCCCAGCAGCAGCCAGUUCGCCACAACAAGGACAAACCGAUACACCACGUCGUGCCAAGAAGAGAAGAAAUGUCGAGAAGGCUGCUAAUAUUGAAGAACGACAAAAGCGCCUACAAGAAAUCGAACAAAAUCGCCAGGAGCGUAUAAGCAAACGUCGGCAACAACGUUAUCAACAGACACAGAACUUUUACAAGAGCUUGCAAAUGUUGCAAGUCAACACAUUGCUGCGUGAAACUGACGAUCCCACCGCAUUUGAGGACUACUCAUUGUUCAUAUAUCGUCAACAUGCGCCGGAGUUCAAUGAUCGCGUAAAGGAUUUGGAGCGCAAAUUGCUGUAUCCUGAUCGCAAUCGCGGCGAUAUACCAUCAGCAAUGCCACGAAAUAAUCCGGAUGAACAGUUUAGUGAUCGCAUCAAAUCUAUGGAGCAACGCAUAAGUUCGAAGAAUGCUUGUGGCAACGAUAAGAAGCCCAAAGACUUAAUGCGUGCCAUUGGCAAGAUCGACAGCAAUGAUUGGAAUGUGCGCGAAAUCGAAAAGAAAAUCGAACAAUCAAAACGAACUGAAAUACACGGUCCGAAAGGACGUGAAAAGGUGCCGAAAUGGAGUAAAGAACAAUUUUUGGCUAGACAAAAUAAAAUGGCAAAACCAACGCGUCAAGAAUCUGUGGAGGAGAAGUUUAAAGAGAUCGAUCAAACCUUAAAGAAUUUGGAUAAACAACUAAAGGAGGGUUCCAUAUUGGAAGUUGGUGAACGUGGCCGUAACAAGGUCGCAUCAAUUGCUGGGCAAUUUGUUAAAAAAGAUGAUAAAACGAGCGACGAAAAGAGUCCUACUCCCGCCGCUGUCAAUAGCGCGCCGAAAUCCAGCGCUAAGGUCGCGUUGGCAUUUAAGAAGCAAGCCGCGUCCGAAAAGUGCCACUUCUGCAAGCAAAUCGUUUACUUAAUGGAAAAAAUCACCGCCGAAGAUCUCGUAUUUCAUCGUUCGUGUCUGAAGUGUCAUCAUUGUCACACGAAUUUGCGUCUCGGCGGCUAUGCAUUCGAUCGCGACGAUCCAAAUGGGCGCUUCUACUGCACGCAACACUUUAAGCUGCCAGCAAAGGCUAUACGUCCUGUAGUUAGAAAACCAGGACAAAGGAAGCCAACACAACAGCAACAAGCUGCCGCCGCUGCAGCUGCUGCUGUCGACAUUACCGUCACAACAACGAACGCUGCAAGUGGAAUCACACAAACAGACCUACCCAAAACGCCUGAUAAACUACGUGGUCCCGCUGACAGCGUUGUACAGCUCGAUUUAUUGGAUCGUGGUCAAACACCGGAACGUAUCGAAUUCGAGAAUACCGAUGCCAUGUCCGAUGGUGAACCUUCGGAGGAGCAUAUACUCGAUGAGCACGAGUGGUCGGGCAGAAAUUUCUUGCCUGAAUCUAAUCAAAAUUCUGAGUCGGAUCUCUCCAGUUCCGAUGACUCGGAUACCGAAUCCGAUGCUGAUAUGUUCGAAGAGGCAAAUGACUCACCAUUGGCCGCACAAACAUUACAAUUGGCCACCGAUUGGAUUGGCAAACAACAUUACUCCGAUAGUGAUGAUUCGGAUGAUUUUUAUGAUUCGAGUGACGGAAUUGCGGAUGACGAUGGUAAAGACGAUACCGAAGGUGAAGAUUUCAAGAAGGCUCGCGAACUACGUCGAGAAGAAGUGCGCCUACAGCCACUGCCCGCGAACUUGCCCACUGACACGGAAACUGAGAUUCAAUUACCAGUUGAAAAUAACGAAAGCAUUGAAAAUGUAGAAAUGAUUCCGGUUCCGCCAGGUAAUGAGCCUAUUGAACAGCCUGCCUUAAAGGAAUACCCUAAACCAGAUAUUGAUAAGUGUUCCGAAAAUUCAUAUAACUCUGAAAAAUCCUUCAAGUCGGUGGACUCAUUUGUUGGUGACAUAGCAGCACUUACCACAAACGCCCUUUCUAAAGGGCCACCACCUACAAAAUCGGAUAUUGAGAAGUUGGAACAAAGCUCUGGACGCCACUUUAGCGCCGAAAUUGAGGCAAUUAAUGAGAAACUACACCGCCUCAACAGUGUGGUCAAAAUGAGUAAGGAUAUCGAAACCAUAGCCAAAGAAAAUUUAGUAAAGAGCGAUAUACUCAAGAAACUAACAAUGAAAGAAAAAUGGUUGGCUGACAACUCUGCGAGCAACUCAAAUCCACUGGCACCCAAGUCAGCAUUUGAAAAUCGUUUUGCGCCGAAACAGGAUGUGCUAAAAGAGCAGAAAAAAAAUGUGAAAACUGAUGAGAAUAUAAAACAACCUACUGCUACCUUGGCUGAAAGUGUGUUAGAGACGUUAAAAACAGAAUUAAAAUCCGAAAAGAGUAACGAGAAUUGCAGCACAGAUAUUAAAAAAUCUGCCGCGGCUCAAAAAGCCACUUCACCUGAAGAGGUAUUGGCGAGUUUGAAAGCAGAGAUUAAAUCUGCUUCGCUCAAUCGCCAAGGCAGUCUUAAAAGACAACAGCUAAGUCCGACUGCCAGCCCCAGUGCCAGCAAAAAGCCCAGUGCAAGUGCUAGUCGCUCCAAUAGCUUUAAGAACAAAGCUACGCAGGAAAAUAAAGAAUCUGCUAAAAGUGGCGAGCAGUCUGUUAGUCGGACAAAUAGUCUUAAGCGUUCGGAAAAAUUCACCUCUAAGGAUGAGGUCAUAACAAAUGAUAGCCGAAUUCAGAUACAAAACAUACUGGGUCUUGUGAAGAGCAUUGAUGAUAGCAAAGAUAAGGGAUAUGGUCCUAAUCGGUCGAAUUCAGAUAUGGGUAAGCUGUUUUAUGACGCGGAGAGUAAAUUUUCACCAAAGGUCGACAGACGAUUGAUGCAAGAAAAGUUGAAGGAAAUCGAAGCAAAGAGUUUCUCCGGCACAAUGGAUGCCAUAAAAUCGCAAAUGGUCGUGCCAACUGUUAGUUCUCAAGCAAACCCAUCCGUAGAUCUCUCCAAAUAUUUUCCCGACCAAAAGCAACAGAAAACCAAUUCCGCUGCGGUCAAUAAAAACCAAAAAAAUUUAAAGGAUGUUGAUUUAGCAAAAUAUUUUCCCAGCAGUCCGACGCCACACCACCGCAGUGCCGUAGUGACAGUUGCAGACAAGUUGAAGAAGUCGCAAACGGAGAAUGCCAUUCCACCUGCGCCGACAACGACAGCCCCAAAUCCAAGCAAUGAAAACACAACGGCCGUUAAGGUCAACAAACUUGCGACAAAGCGACAAGCUUCACUGGGAGACGCCGCGUUCAGUUUGCGUGAUCAUCAGUUGGACGGCGCCGUUGAUUUGUCGAAGAAAUCUACACCAGUCGUAGUCAAUAAAGAUGUUGCUGCAAAAAGCAGACAAGCCGCCGUCACAACCACAACUGCAACGGCAGCUGUGACAAAGAAGGGUAAUGUGAAGAUCAUAAAAAAGAUUGUGCCCAAAAAGAAGGUGGGAGGAAACGCAACGAAAAAGGCCAAUGGCGUACAAGACAAAUCUAUUGUACCACGUGAUGAAUCUGAUCGGGUGUUAGAUGAAAUUCUACAAUCCUCCGAUAAGGAGAUGCAUUCACCCAGUGCGGAGUAUUCGAAACUAUUCAAGGAGGAAAAAUCACCUAGUGAAGAUCUUUCAGAUAAAAUUGAGCGUAUGUUCCAAGAAACGGGCAUAGAUUUAGGCAUAGCCGUACCGGCAACAAUCAGCAAUAAAAAGCGUUUGCUGAAAACCAAAUCUCUGGGGGAGGGAGAAUUCGAGCGACUCUCAAAAGAGAGAAGCAUGGCGAAAGACGAAUUGACAACUAAAGAGGACGGCGAUCGUCCCAUCGGUGUACAAGGUUUACUGGCACGUUUCGAAUCAAUGAGUUCGGUUAAGUCUUCGGAGCAAUCGUUCAAAUUGCGGCGUAUGGAAUCAACCAUAAGCAAUUUAAACAAGUCGCGUGAGUCACUAAUUUCUCAUGAUUCUAUCAUGUCACGUGAAUCAGACUCAUUGAGUGAUUUGGAGAAGACAAUGGAAUAUCUGAAGUCUGAAUGGCGUAAUGAAGCAACCAAUUUUUUACAAAAGAAGCGGAAUAACUACUUUUCGAAGAAACGUGUGAUUGAAGAAGAAGAAGCGGCAGCCAAAACCGAAGCAUUGAAAAAGUCAAAGUACGAAGAUUUACCAGUGCAAUAUCGGGAUUCCAAGUUUGCCAAGUUUUUCGGUAUCAAAUCGAAAUCACCGGAAAAAAUUAAAACCAAAUCACCGGAGAAGAAAAAUGUGGCAACCACAAAAAAGACUUUAGUUAAUGGCGGCACAGUGAAGAAGUCAUCAUCGCCAAGCAAGAACUUAAAUAAAGCCACAGAAACGAAAGCGAAAAUGUCUACAAAUUUACAAGUUAAUAUAAAGAAUGCCAAACGUAAGUCGCCUUCACCAAAACAAAGUCAAAGCAACAAUUCCGAAAACACAAAGUACAACUUCGACAAGGUUUCAAAACCAGCAGAAGUAACAAGGAAGGCGAUAUCGCCGCUUAAAAGUCAAAUGGAAGAUUUCGAAACCUUACUAUUAGUAGAAAAAGGUAGUAUAAUUAACUUAGAAACCAAGGUAGCACCAGUUGACGACCAAAAUAUUAUUACGGCUCAAGUUCCUUGCGAUCCAAACCGAUCCAAUGGCGUUGCGUGCACUGCUACUGACACGGCUAUUCAAACCAAAACUUUAUCGCGACAGAACUCCAACAACUCUGAUAAUUCAGCACCGGAAACACCGGUCUUAAAAAGACGGCCACUUGUAGAGGACAUAAAAAAUUUACCAAAGACUGGCUGUGACAAAUCGUUAAGCAAUUCACGUCGCAAUUCCGCCGCAAGUCUGCAUUCGCGACGCUGCUCAGAUGUUUCGCUGGCUGAAAAACUGGAUACUGUAGCCAUAAAACUAACGCAAAGUUCGCUAGAUAAUCGAAAUGUGGAUGAACUGUUUCAAAAUAUUGUAGAACGGCUUUCUAACGAACACAGCGAACAAAAUGCCAAUACAGAAGAGGAAUGUGAUUCAUUGUGUACGUCUAUUAGUAAAAGCCCCAGUGCUGCACCGACAACAGUACGCAUGCGUGGCUCGUCAGAGGACGAAAGCAUUGAAAAGUUAUUUAGUCAGUUCUCAGAUGAAAUGUUAGUGAAUGUGGAGUUUGAUUCGAACGAUGAAUUGGUGGGCAUCACACCACGCAUACCAUUAAAGAGCACUCCGAUCGAAGAGGACGCAGAUUUUGUUGAUCGACUUGAGUCUUUAGAAAAGGAUGAGGUGCCUACAAUCAAAUUUGAAGCACUGGAAUCGCCCAAAGCUUCAUCUGAUUUCAUACAAGCCAAUGAGCAUGGAAAUAACGAAAGUGCCACGACUAAUGCUGAUCAAAAAACACUCUGCAAUCUCGCAGCCGCCAAAACAGGACCCUUAACUCUCGAGAGUAUACAGACAAUGCUAUACAUGGAGCCCCAAGAAAUGCCUUUCCCCGUCCGUCCACAACGGCGACAGAAAAGUACAUCAUCCUCCAGCGAAGCUUCAGCGCCCAUUGCACCACAACGCAUCAAACACAAAUUAGCAAAAUUAUGUCCCGACAAUAUGCCUCCAUCGGUGCAGGACUUAAUGCAAACCACAUUCACAAAAAGUUUAACUGCUGAAUUAGCAGCAAAUGGUGGCAUUUCAAUACACAAGUUCCCACGUAACAUAUCCGAAGAUGAAUUGGAGGAUGUGAAGGAAAGCCAUUACCAGAACCAACCAGUCUCUUUUCAACGAUCAAGCCCAUUGACUGAAAAUACGAGAAAUGUACAAAGUUCAAAUAGUGUUUUCAAUGAAGGACUCCCUGUUAAAGAUAUACCUAAAGAAAAUUCAAACGUUGUGGAAAUAAAACAAACAGAAGAUGGGAAGAUCAAUGAUAUGCAAACCAUAAAAGACAAAGAAAGUAGAGUCAACUAUUCUCAUAAUAAGCAACCAACUAAAGAUAUCACUUCGAAUGUGGCUCCUAAAGUACCAGUAAAAACCGACACUUCUAUUAGUCAAAUAAUAACUAAAUCCAAUGAAACGGAAAUCGCCCUUCGAAGAAAUUCUCAGGCCUCUAUUGAUGAAAACACGAAUAAUGUCCCCGAGUCUCCAGAAAUGCAGCGAACCCUUCGAAGAAAUUCGCAGGUCCCCAUUGAUGAAAAAGCGAGCAAUGCAACCGAAUCUCUAGCAAUGCAGCGAAACCAACCACGAUGCGCAAUAUAUGGGCAAACAAUUAACUCCGAAGCGAUUCCUAACACACCAAGGCUUUCAAAAUCUUCAGUCUUAGAACAAACAACAUCACCUCUCAAACAGAGUCCAUUAUUACAGCGAAAAUUAUCGCAAUCUUCUACUGACAGUGAUAAGUUACCUACUCUCAAUGACUCUAAAAUUACGCAACGCAAACCAACCCAAAAUUCCAAUGUGGACCUAGGUAACUCUCCACUGAUGCAAUGGCGACUACUACAAGCUGCAAGCAAUUCAGACUCAGCGGAGAAUCUAUCAACGAUCACUAAUCUUAAAGACAAUUUAAGUGGAGAUAAUACAAAAACAUCAAACAGCAAUGAGAUUUUGAGCGUUCCAAAUUCCAGCAAAGCCUCAAGUAAAGAGCGAUCUUUGGAAUGGGAUAUGACUAAAAUGCCGGCGAGUCCUAUGCCACGACGUAAAUUUAUUCAUGCCGAACGUCGUGGUUUAGACGAAACUAGAAUAAAAGAUGUGUCGCCAACGAGUUCAAUAAGACUGCUGAAUAAUAUAUCCUCUAAUAGCAGUGACUCAGAUGAACGUCGUAUAAUAGAAGAAUUCGAAAUGGAGCGCCGUCAAGCAUUGAUACAACGUGACAAAGAAUAUAAAGAAUUGGAGAAAAACGAAAGAGAGAUUGAAAAUAUACCGAAAGUAAAGAAACCACAGGCGGUCAGUAGAAUCAACAGCAACAACAACUCUAAGUGCACAACACCACGUCCCACACCACUGAGUUCGCGUCGGGGGACACAAGAUAGUAUUAGCACACAAAGAGAGGUCACACCACCUAACUUUAAAAAGCUUGUAAUACCAGCUGAAACGGACGAUUUACCUUCACUUAGUUCCCGUUGCAGCUCAUUUGCGUUUAUCGAGUUGAUGAGCAAUGGUGAAGCGAGGGAAGCGCCGAUGCCAGAAAAAUUGAAAAUUCCCACAAAACCGCAACCGAUAGUGUUACCAGAGAUCAAUGAACCUAUAGCCGAAGUUUUUCAGAAUAGACCAUGGCCUAAGCCGGAGCUUUCACCAGAGAUCGAUAUGAGUGAUUCACCCGACACGGUGAUCGAGGUGAAACGCGCCAAUUCAGCUCCACGAUCACCAGUCGCCGAAGUUUUUCGUAAUCGCAAAUGGCCUGAUGGCAAAACGGUAUUCAACGAAGUGAGUGAACAAUACUCAGACGACGAUGAUUUCAUCAGAAAGAUCUCCAAGAACAGAAGCAAAUACCGCAAAAUGCAAUCACAUUCACCACAACCAACGACUCGGCAUAGAUUGGCUACCGAUGAACUAAGUGAUGGCAAAAUGUCAUCAAAGUCCAUCACAGAUCUUCGGAAAGAUUCGCCCAUCACCUCCAUCUAUGAAGCGGAACCCUCGCUUAAUUUCGGUACGCGGUCAUCCGCAUCGAGUCUUGACAACUCAUCUACACAUACUUCCAUCAGUGGUGCACCGAAACGACCGGUGCGACACAUACCAGUUGGUCAAACACCCGAACAAACGAUAGACGCCAAUACACGAAUGCUCUUGGAUCGCAGCAAACGCUUACAUAAUCGUAAAAGUGAGUUUAUCAAUGAACGUGCCGCUGAACGAAAUCCAUAUUUACGCGAUGUAGUCAACGCAGAGCGCAUAGAACGUGAGGCACUCGAUGCUGCUGAAGACGAAUUGGAAUGUUAUCGACCCAGCGGUUAUAAGAGCAAACAAUUGACGCGUUUUCCCACUUCGCGAACACUUGGACGCGAUCAUAGCAGAUUGUCAAAUAGUCACUAUAGUUACACGCCUUCAUAUAAUUCGGAUUAUGCGUUGAGCAACCGACGCCUUUAUGGCACACCGACAUUACCAUAUACCAGCACCACUUCUUUAAACCACAAUCCAUAUUUGACUACAGGUAGUGCGGCGUACGGUGGCGCCCUUGGACGCAGCAUGCAUUUCAACGACUACACUAGGCGUAGUCCCUCGCGGCACCGUGAACGGGAACACUCCAAAGAAUCGUGCGUUAUAGCUUAAAAGAAAUAUGCAUUCAUUUAUUUUGUUAGAUGCACUAAAUUUCCAUAUUUAACAUUAGAUUUUGGAGAUAUUAACAUAAUGCUUUCAACGAACAACAACAACUAAAACACGAACAAAACUCAAAGGAAGUCAAGAAACUUCAAAGAGUGAUUUUACCCAUAUUUUGGCUCAAUUAACGAACGAAACAAGUUGAAAACAUAAGUACAUUCACAUAUUUGUAAGAAUUAUAAACAAUUUUGAAUAAAAAAAAUUUAAUAACAAACUAAUGUAAUGAAACCAACGCCAGUCUCAACAAAAUAGUACAACAUACACAUAUCAAAGUCUUUAGUUAGCAUUACACACACUAAAGAACUAAAGUAAUCAAUUUAAAUAAAUGUAAACGUAAACACAAACAUAAACAAAAACAAAAAACAAAAUAUUCGUUGCAAUGCCCGUACGUACGACCCUCCAACGA